ACCGGAGCCUUCGGCGUUAACGCAUGCGCCGCCGUGUUAAAGAUAAAACAAAACAGUUUUCUUAGUGCCAAAUUCCAAUUUCCUAAAGUGCCAACUUGAUUGGAUUGCAGUGCUGUGAAUUCAGUGUUAAUAUUAUUUCUAUUUUUAAUUCAAAUUUCCUUUUAAAAACAAAACAGAAUUUUGAUUAUGGUGUCACAAAGUGUGUUGUGCUAAAGAUUUUGGAGGUGUGAGCGACAAUGUGUGAGCGGUGACUGCAAAUAAUAACACCAUGCUGCUGGUGGUUUUGCUGCUGGCAGCCGCGGCGGGAGAGCAUGUGCGCGAGUUCUCCGUCCGCGAGAAUGCGCCCGCCGCUACGCUCGUCGGCCAUCUUGGCGACGAGCUCCCUGACGCCGCCCCACCAUAUACUAUAGUCCCUGUCCCUGGCAGCGCCGUCAACGACGACCUUAGAAUUGACCCUCACACGGGGGAAAUACGAACAAGACAUCCUUUAGACAGAGAAAAUAGAGAUCACUAUGCCUUAGUUGCUAUUCCCGCAUCAGGAGAUAAUAUUAGAGUCGUUGUAAGAGUAUCAGAUGAAAAUGAUAACGCACCAACUUUUCCCACACCUGUUAUGAAUGUAGAAUUCUCUGAGAAUACUCCAAGAGAUGUAAAGAGGAAGUUGAAUCCUGCAAAAGAUCAAGAUUUAGGAGUGUUCAAUACACAGAGGUAUAACAUUGUGUCGGGAAACACUGACAACGCAUUCAGAUUGUCGUCGCAUAGGGAACGCGAUGGUGUUUUGUAUUUGGAUCUCCAGAUCAAUGGUUUUCUUGACAGAGAGACUACUGACCAUUAUGAAUUAGUUAUAGAAGCCUUAGAUGGAGGUACACCGCCUCUGAGAGGGACAAUGACUGUAAAUAUUACUAUACUAGAUGUAAAUGAUAAUCCUCCAGUUUUUGCUGAAAGUAUUUACUCGGCAAUUAUACCAGAAAAUGCAACAGUUGGAACACCAGUACUCAAAGUAUCAGCGACAGAUUCCGAUGCGGGAGAGAAUGGGUUGAUUGAAUACUCAAUAAACAGAAGGCAGAGCGAUAAAGAGAACAUGUUCAGAAUAGACUCUGAAACCGGUGAGAUCACAGUUAAUAAAGCUCUGGAUUUUGAAACUAAAGAGUUACACGAAUUGGUCGUCGUGGCAAGGGACAAAGGAGCUCAGCCUUUGGAAACAACAGCUUUCGUUUCAAUUCGCGUUACAGACGUGAACGAUAAUCAGCCUACUAUAGACGUUAUAUUUCUAAGCGACGAUGCGACGCCGAAGAUAUCCGAGUCGGCGCAAUUGGACGAAUUCGUAGCCCGAAUUUCAGUCCACGAUCCGGAUUCAAAGACUGAGUAUUCUAAUGUAAACGUUACACUAAGCGGCGGUGAUGGACACUUCGAUUUGAGAACACAUGAUAACAUCAUUUACUUAGUUGUAGUCGCUUUACCGUUAGACAGGGAAUCUCAGUCGAGUUAUACAUUGAACGUAGUCGCGACUGAUAAAGGUUCUCCUCCAUUGCACGCGUCGAGGAUCAUCAGUCUGCUGGUAACAGAUGUUAACGAUAACGCCCCAGUAUUUGCGGAGAAAGAAUACAAAGCGAGCGUGCCUGAGGCGGCUUCGCCUGGCACACCUGUAGUUCAAGUGUCCGCUAUUGAUGCGGAUGCAGGGGAGAACGCAGAGAUUAGGUAUUCUUUGCUUCCGACUCCUCAAUCUGAUUGGUUCGCGAUUGACGAACGUUCUGGAUUAGUAACGACGCGAGCGCGUGUAGAUUGUGAGACAAAUCCAAUGCCUGAGUUGACAGUGGUAGCGAGCGACCGCGGGAACCCACCGCUUUCUUCGACAGUCGUUCUCACAGUAACAGUGUUGGAUGUGAACGACAAUGAGCCGAUCUUCGACCAGUCCUUCUACAACGUCACCGUGCCGGAAAAUGAGGCCGUCGGCAGCUGCAUUUUAAAGAUGUCAGCAAUGGACCCGGACUGCGGCGUCAACGCAAUUGUCAACUACACUCUCAGCGACAGUUCAGCCAAACCACAGUUUGCUGUGAAAGCUGACAGUGGGGAACUAUGCAUAGCAGCGCCACUAGAUCACGAGGCUACUAGUGAUUUUGAGUUCCCUGUUAUUGCUACUGAUAGAGGGGGCCUGUCCACGACUGCAAUGGUGAAGAUCCAACUGCUUGAUAUUAACGAUAAUGUACCAAUGUUCACUGUGAAGGACUACAACGUCUCUUUGAAAGAGGGAAGGAUAUCAUCCACUGAACCCAUUGUCGCUGUAUCAGCUACAGAUUCUGAUUCGGGCAGAUUCGGAACAGUUACUUAUAGAAUCACGAACAAUCACAAUGAUAUAUUCCGAAUUGACAGAAGCACAGGAGAGAUAUUUGUUACAAAACCGUCGUUGUUACAAGGCAAUGGAAAAUUUGAUCUUGAGAUAUCAGCGACUGAUGGUGCAGGGCUGACAGCAGCGCAAGGAGCUAUGGUUCAUGUAAACGUAAUACCGGCUGGUGUUGGUUCUGCGUUAUUCGACAAACCUAGAUACAAUUUUCGUUUGAAGGAGGAUGUGAAGACCGGAAGCAUUGUUGGGAGUCUGAAAGCUACUGUUGGUGAUCGUGGUAAACAAACGAUUCGCUACAGCAUCGUCUCCGGUGACGCCGACCACCACUUCACCAUCGAGCCUCUAAGCGGGGUUAUCAGGACUGCAGCCGUGCUAGACCGGGAGACCAGCUCUUCAUACUUGCUCAACGUCAGAGCUGUCAAUGGGAACCCUUCAAAUUAUGAUCAGACUCAGGUCCAAAUAACCCUCGAAGAUGUGAAUGACAACGCUCCAGAGUUUGGUAUAACAUCAGUGAGAGUAUCAGUAGCUGAAUCAGCAACGGUAGGCUCUGUUGUCUACGCAGCAAGGGCUACUGAUGAGGAUGAAGGGAAGAAUGGACAGAUUACUUAUCAUCUCGUCUCCGCCACUGGACCUCCUAGUACUUUUGCUGUCAAUUCUCAAUAUGGAUUAGUUACUUUGUUAAGGCCUUUAGACUACGAAAAUCUCGUCCGCCACACACUUGUGAUCUCAGCAAGAGACGGAGGAACUCCAUCACUCAGCGCCAGUCUAGCCCUUGCAGUCGACGUCCAGGAUGUCAACGAUAACCCUCCUGUCUUCGAGCAUGAUUCUUAUAGCGCCAACGUGAUUGAAUCUGAAGCUCUUAAUUCUAAAAUAUUAGAAAUCCAAGCCGUAGACAAAGACACAGGCAAUAAUGCACGUAUAACAUACAGAAUCGUAUCUGACAAUGCAACGCAGGAAGAAUUUUUCAAAGUCCUACCAAAUUCAGGCUGGAUAUAUCUCGCCAAGCAACUUGAUAGGGAAACUGCAGCGAAGCACAGAAUGAGUAUCACAGCUACUGACAAUGGUAUACCACCUCUGUCAGCAACCGCAAGUCUCGUCAUAAACGUCAUAGACGCAAACGACAACGAUCCAGUAUUCUCUAAAUCUACAUACGAGUUUCAAGUCGAAGAGAACCAAAAAGCAGGAGCGUUUGUAGGAAAGAUUUUUGCCAAGGAUGCCGAUUUGGGUGACAAUGCUAUUGUAAGAUAUAGCUUGUUUCCUAGUAAUACGAGUUUUAACGUACACCAUGUUUCUGGUAUUAUAACUACUAAAGAAGUUCUAGACCGGGAAUUCAAAGCUUCGUAUUCUCUUUUUGCGGAAGCAAAGGAUCAAGGGACUCUUCCCAGAUCUAGCAGAGUUCCUAUUUCAAUAAAAAUUACUGACGUCAAUGACAAUGCUCCAGAAAUCGUUGAUCCCCGAGAAGACGUCGUCAGUGUUAGAGAAGAACAACAGCCAGGUGCUGAAGUGGCUAAAGUAAAGGCUAUUGAUAGAGACAAUGGAAUUAAUUCAACUGUUACUUAUUCCAUUUUGAACGAAAGAGACUUGGAUGGAGUUGGUAUUUUUGUCAUUGAUCCUAAAACUGGUGUUAUAAAGACUAGUACCGUACUAGAUCACGAGGAAAGAUCGAUUUAUCGUCUAGCAGUUGCAGCAACUGAUGGAGGCAUACCACCGAAACAGACUAUAAGACAACUGAAGGUAGAAGUGUUGGAUUUAAAUGACAACAGACCUACAUUCACCAGCUCUAGUUUGUCUUUCAAAGUAAAGGAGGAUGCUAAAAUUGGCCACGUCGUCGGCACCGUAACUUGUUAUGACAGCGACAUUCAUGACAACUUAGUCAACAGCGAUGAAGAAAGGCAGAUCUCAUAUUUGCUUAUGCCCUUGACAACCGAUCAUUCGCCAGGAACCUUUGAAAUUGACCGACGAACUGGAUCUUUAGUUGUAGCUAGGCAAUUAGAUAGAGAAAUUCAAGACGAAUACAGGUUAGAAGUGCGCGCUUUAGACACGUCUGCGACAAACAACCCUCAAAGUAGUGCAGUUACAGUCAAAAUAGAAAUCGUCGACGUCAAUGAUAAUGCUCCACAGUGGCCUCAAGAUCCUGUCAAUAUCGAAAUAUCUGAAAUUACUCCUAUAGGAAUGACCGUGUACAAUUUUACGGCAAAAGAUGCUGAUGCAGGUUUAAAUGGAGAAUUAAACAUCCACAUAACAUCUUCAUUACCUCCCGCCAAGAAUAGUUUCAAGUUGGAUCCAUUAACAGGAUCAUUGACACUUACUUCAACGUUGGAUUACGAAACUUUGAAAGAAUACUGGCUCAUUGUGGAAGCCACUGACCUAGCAAGUAAUGUUAGUGAAAGAAUUACUACUUCAGCUACUGUUCACAUUUCAGUAACCGAUGCAAAUGAUAAUGUACCCACUUUUGUGUCAGCUAACAAAGCUUCAGUCUCUUUGAGUACAGUAUCUGGUAGUUUAUACCAAGCAUUGGCAGUGGAUGGAGAUUCGGGAGAAAAUGGCAGAAUAUCUUAUUACAUUUCUGGUGGGAACGACCAUGCUUAUUUUUCUAUGGAGUACGAUAGUGGAAAACUAACAUUAUCUAAAAAGUACGCUUCAGAUAUUUCAAGAGUACGAUUAGGUCAAUAUAAAUUAAAUCUGACAGCUUCUGAUCAUGGAAUACCCUUUCCUAGACAAAGUCAUAUGACACUACUAUUAAACUUACAAGAGUCAACAAAUGUUCCUCCUAGGUUUACAGAUUCAUUUUAUAGAGCAAACAUAAGUGAAGAUAUUCGACCUGGCAGUUUUGUGACAAGAUUAAAUGCUAAAUCAUCUAGAGGCAACUCCGGAAACCUUACUUAUCAGAUCCCGCCCGGAGUAGCUGAAGACCAAUUCAUAAUCGAUGAACGACUAGGCACUAUCACAGUAAAAUCUCGAAUUGACAGAGAACAGCGGGAUACUUAUGUUUUCCCAGUGUAUGUUACAGACUCCGGCACCUUCCAGUCUACAUCGAAUUUUGACGUUGCUACAGUUUCAAUAAGUAUUUUGGAUGUGAAUGAUAAUCCACCAACGUUCAAAACAGGUUCAUGCUAUCCGUUAGCAGUUCCUGAAAACAACGAACCUGAAGUUAUUCAUACCGUAGCAGCGACUGAUAAAGAUAUUGGAGCCAAUGGAAUUAUUACAUACAGUAUUACUUCUGGAAAUAACGGAAAUAAAUUCUCUAUAGAUUCUACUACUGGAAAAUUGACAGCUAGAACAUUAGAUCGAGAAACGCAGUCCAAAUAUCAUUUAACUGUUACUGCGUUUGACCACGGAUCUCCAGUUGCAUUACAGGGAUCUUGUAAUAUAACUAUCAUAGUUGAAGAUCAGAAUGAUAAUGAUCCAGUAUUUGACACUGGACAUUAUUCCGCCGCUAUUCCAGAAGAUGCUUCAAUUGAUACUUCUGUUAUUAAAGUUAGAGCUACUGAUGCCGAUUUGGGAUUCAAUAAAAGAAUUGUCUAUUCUUUGGCUAAUGAAAGUCAGGGUCUAUUUAGAAUUGAUAAUAAGACUGGAAUCAUCUUUACUACUGGAACGUUUGACAGAGAGAAGACCAGUGUCUACCACUUCGAAGCAGUAGCAACUGAUGAAGGCCGUUAUGUCACGCGUUCCCAAAGAGUUUCAGUUGAAGUUACUAUCAAUGAUGUCAAUGACAAUAAACCUAUAUUUACAAAAUAUCCAUUCAGAGAACAAAUAGCUACUUUGACUCCACCAGGACAAAGCUUGUUAAGAUUAUCAGCAACUGACAAUGAUGUUGGGAUCAAUGCUGAAAUUUUAUUUGAACUUUUAGAUACAGCCAACCAUAAGUUCCGCAUAAACCCAACAACUGGUGUGCUGACUGCUACGCAAAGCUUGGCCAGUGAAAAUGGAAAACUGAUACACCUAAAAGUGGUGGCUAAAGAUAAAGGAAAUCCACCUCAAAGCUCUAUCGGACUUAUUGAGAUUCGUGUUGGAGAUUAUCCUGAACACACGCCAACUUUAAACUUCAGAAAUGCCACAUAUAAUGUUACUAUUGAAGAAAACAUACCGUACGGCAGAGAAAUAAUACAAGUCACGGCCGUGCGAAGCGAUGGACGACGUCAAAGAAUCUUUUACGAGUUUGGUAAUGGAAAUGAUCAAUAUGCAUUUGAAAUUGACUCGUACACAGGCGUAAUAAGGGUGAAUAAUUCAGCAAAUCUGGAUUAUGAAUCGUAUCCGGGUCCAAAGAGGCAACUAGUUAUUGUCGCCCGUACAGAAGGUUCGCCAGUCUUAUACGGUUAUUGCGAUGUAAUAAUAAAUCUGUUCGACCAAAACGACCACGCUCCCAGGUUUACGCAACAACAAUACAUCGCCAACGUUUUGGAAGGGAACACUAAAGGCGAAUUUGUCGUGCAACUUGCCGCGAAGGACGACGACCGCGGAGCGAAUGCGAGAAUCCUAUACCACAUUGUAGACGGGAACCACGAUAACGCGUUUAUUAUUGAACCGGCGUUCUCCGGGUCGGUGAAGACAAACAUAGUACUGGAUCGCGAGAUAAGAGAGACAUACAAACUGACAGUUAUUGCGACUGACGAGGGAGACCCACAGAUGACCGGCACCGCUACUCUCCGCAUCAAUGUAGUUGACGUCAAUGACAAUCAGCCGACGUUUCCUCCGCCAAAUGUCAUUUCGGUAUCUGAAGGAGCGGAAAUCGGAACGGUUCUUACAUCUGUUACGGCGAAUGACGUUGACACAUAUCCAGCCCUUAAAUACUCGAUAAUUCAAGGAGACAAUAGUUUCUCCAUAGACCGCUAUAGUGGGAAAAUUGUGUUGAACCAGCCUUUAGAUUUCGAAACGAAGAAAUUGUAUAAAAUAAACAUAACCGCAUCUGAUAAUGAACACGUAGCAAGAACAACUCUUACGAUCAAAGUGACAGAUGUGAAUGAUAAUUCUCCUGUAUUUGAUGACAUAUCAUAUAAUAGAAUAUUACCUGAAGGUACCGGUACUCUGGAAAUUGGGUCAGUCAAUGCUAAAGAUCAGGACAGUGGAGACAAUGGUAAAAUAUCGUACUCUAUGUUACGAGAUACAAAAGGUUAUUACAUUGACACCAUCUCUGGGACCAUCUUCGUAAACUACAGCGCUUUGCCGUCGAAUCAAAGAGACACGCAGUUAGCUGUUGUGGCCACUGACCAUGGAAAACCUAACCGAAGUGCUGUGGCAUCUGUCAGAAUCAGCACUGGUGCUUCUUCGGAGAUCAAGCCAUUCAUUGGACAAGAUACAUAUAGGAUUACAGUCAACGAGGACACCGAGAAAGGUACCUCACUUCUUCAAAUUGGUGGCAUCAAUGACGUCCUCAAGAAGUACAACCUUGAGUUCCACAUCAUUUCAGGCAAUGAAAAGGACACUUUUGAUGUCACGCUGGAAGGGGCACUGAUAUUGGUUAACAAGUUAGACAGAGAAACUCAAGAUUCUUAUACACUUGGUCUAGCGGCUAUUGAACAAGGAAAAAUACUGACUUACUACCAAAACAAGACGUCAAUUACAAUAUAUGUAACAGUAGCAGAUGCUAAUGAUAACACUCCGACAUUUUCUACAAAUGAUUUUGAACUAACUGUCAGUGAAGACGUUAAAAUUGGUUAUACGUUGACACAAUUAUCUGCCAUAGAUGCUGAUUUGUAUGGUACUCCUAAUGCUGCUAUUGUUUACAAUAUUACUUCAGGAGAUGAUGAGAAGUUGUUCUCCAUUCAUCCAAGUACAGGAAUUUUAACUGUGAAUAAGACAUUGGACUACGAUAUUGGAAACACAGAUUAUAAAUUGAUUAUAGUAGCUUGUGAUCAAGGAACACCAUCAUUGUGUAAUGUAGUCUACAUCAAAGUUGCUAUCAUUGAUGAAAAUGAUAACGCACCUACAUUUCCCGUUACAGAAUACUUUGAAACAAUAGCAGAAAAUGAAAGAAUUGGGAAUUCGGUUUUUACUGCAAGAGCUACUGAUUUAGACAGAGGAAGGUAUGGUACACUAAAUUAUUCAAUAAUACCAUCUUUAUCUAAUUUCAAUAGAAACGACGAGUCGUGGAAGAUGUUUCAAAUUGAUUCGACUUCAGGACUGGUCAAUACAAAUGCAGUGUUUGAUUACGAGCAGAAAAAUAAAUACGAAUUUUCUAUCAAAGCUUCUGAUAUUGGUGGAAAAAGUUCUACAGUCAAAGUAAGGAUUGAUAUAGAAAGCAGAGAUGAAUUUUAUCCUCAAUUUACUCAAAAAACUUACAACUUCAGAAUACCAAAGUCAGGACCGCUACCUGCAGGUUUUGUAAUCGGUGAGGCUACAGCAAUCGACAGAGACAAAGGUAUCGACGGUCGUAUUGUUUAUCAGCUGUCAACUUCUCAUUCAUAUUUCAAAAUAAAUAGAACCACAGGUGUCAUAAUAUUAAAGAAAAAAGUGGAGUCAGUAUCAAAUCUUUUCGGAUCCGAUAAAUCUAUAAGUCUAGUUGUAACAGCUAGUUCUGGAAGACAAGGAUCUUUGACCAACAAAACUGCAGUUGAGAUAAGAAUAGAUCCUUUAGCGGUUGCAUCGGAUGUAAACUCAAUGAACCCAGAAGUUGCGGCAAGUACAGGUCUUUCAGAUUGGGCACUAGGGCUACUAAUUGCAUUUAUUUUCAUCAUCAUUAUAUUUGCUGCUGCAUUUCUAUUUUUACACAUGAAAAAUAAAAGGCACAAGAAAGUUAACAAACCAGGUCUCAACUCUGAGGGAGUUGGAGCAACUAAUAGCUAUGUAGACCCAAGUGCCUUUGAUACAAUACCCAUUAGAAAUACUGGAGCAGUAAAUGCAAAUUUUGCACCUCCGAAGUACGACGAAAUUCCACCUUAUGGUCCUCAUACUGCAAGUUCUAAUUCUGGAGCUGCAACCACAUCGGAACUUUCUGGAUCUGACCAAUCAGGGUCAAGUGGCAGAGGCUCUGCUGAAGAUGGAGAAGAUGGUGAAGACGAGGAGAUAAGAAUGAUUAACGAGGGACCAUUGCAAAGAGAAACUGGCAUCCAUAGACAAGCAAAUGGAGUAGACGAUGAUAAUCUUUCUGAUGUCUCAGUUCAUAAUACACAAGAAUACCUAGCUAGACUUGGUAUAGUUGACACUGGGACGGGCGGAGGAGCUUCUACUUCCUCACGAAGAUGCUCAGAAAAUGUGGUGAAAAAAGAUAUACUGCAUCGGGGACCAAUAGACUCGAUGCAUAUGUUUGAUGAAGACGGUGCUCAUGAGAAUGAUAUCACCAAUUUGAUUUAUGCGAAAUUGAACGAAGUUACUGGAAGUGAACGAGCGGACAGCGCUGAUGAGACAAGUGCGGCAGUUGACCGAGCCAUGGCUUUGGGAGCGUUCCCGAGCGCACCAGGAGAUAACACCGCGGUACCAACCGCUGGCCCUUCCAUGACUGGUAGUUUAAGCUCCAUUGUACACUCUGAAGAAGAAUUAACAGGCAGUUAUAAUUGGGACUACUUACUUGACUGGGGUCCUCAAUACCAACCGUUAGCACACGUAUUUUCGGAAAUAGCUCGAUUAAAAGAUGACGCAGUGUCUCUUCAAAGCGGCAACAGUGGUGCUUCUAGUGCUAAAAGUAAAGGGACAUCUAUUUCUGCUGGUAAAAGUGUGCCGCCUCCUUUGUUAACUACGGUAGCUCCUAGAAGCUGCCCUGCACCUUCGUUGUCUUGUAGACAACCACAGCACUUAUUGCCGAGAUCUCCUAUAAGCCAUGAUGUGCCUGGAGGGUUCUCAGCGGCUGCUGCUAUGUCUCCAUCUUUCUCUCCUUCCUUAUCUCCUUUAGCAACUAGAUCACCUUCAAUGUCUCCUCUUGUCGGCCCUGGUUUACCCCCAGCACCAGCUAAUAGAAAACCUCCACAUUCGACAAUGAGAAUAUGAAUAACUAUGUAGUAGAUUGUAAAUAUAAAUAACGACUGUUUGCCUCUAAGUAUUGUUAGUAUAUUUAUUCGACUGCCGAUGUAAUCGGGCUUGUUAACUGUAUUCUAUAGUAUCAUUUUGUGCAUUUCUGCAUCUUUGUGUAUCCUGAACAUGCUCAAAGUGAUGUAUUAAGCGCUUAUUACCGAUUUUCCGGUAAAUGUAAAUAUCGUCUUCAUUCGGGUUGUAACUUUAAACUUGUAAAUAUUAUGUAUAUUUUAAUGCCCUGUAAAAAAUAAAAUAAAGACUGCCAUGUUAUUGUACUUUUUUAAACAAAUGAUACAGCUUUACUGUAAGCUAUAAGUAUAUUUUUAGACGCAAAUUUAUCUUUAGUUAUGUUGUACGAAACCUUUUGUAUGUUUUAAAGUGCAGUCACAAAUUGUCUGUUGUGUACCUAAUAGUAUUUGAAAGUGAGUCCAUUUUCCGUGUCUUCUGCCAUUUUCUGUGAUUUUCGUCUAGGCAUGAGAAUGCCUAUAUGUGCUCUGUUCACUAUUAAAUUCAUCAAGAAACUAUGUGAUUUGUAUCGUAU